UGUUAUAAAAAACAACAAAUGAACACUUGGCACCGGAAAACAUUACAAUUAAGAAAAAACUAUGAUAUAUCUUUUCGCUUGAUUGACAAAUAAAAAUUCUUUAGUGUGAAGUUAAAUAUUUUAUGUACAUAUUUGGUUCUUUCCAAUUUAUAUUUUAGUAGAAUCCCAACAUAUAUUCGGCAAAAGGAUACUAAUAACGAUAUAAUAUUGGAGAACAACUCAUGGAUUAUUUUAUUUACGAUCCGAAAACGGACGAUUUUACCAACAAGUCGGUUAUAAUGACACGCAGCACUAAUAGCAAAGCAUUAUUAACGCAGAAUUCAAAGCAACGAAUUCCGGCGAAGAAAAUUCGAUAUUUUUUGUGGCCUUUUGUCUUGGGAGUAAAUCUAUACGACUUUCUGGCUCUAUGUCAUCUUGUUCCAACACAUAGUCUUCAUCUAUCACGUCCGUUUCUGAUGAGCACCUCACCUUUCCAGGUUUUUCAUAAAACACAAACACAGGAAUAUGACUUACCAAUGAUUUCGAACUGA